CUGGCCUUCGCCAUCUGCUCUAUCGCUGCCCCCACUGGCGACUACGGUUCUCUGUCUGGUACAGGAGCUGCAGGCGUCUCUGGCUCCACUGAGGUUUCUCCCUCUGGCUCGGCUGGAAUUGGAGCAAACAUCGGUGGUGCAGGCUCGGCCGGAGCCAAAGCAGGAGCAGAUAUUGGUGGAUCUGGCUCGGCAGGUCUAGGAGGCUCGGCAGGCCUUGGAGGAUCUGGACAUGCCGGUCUGGGCGGCCUCCUUGGAGGACUCGCCGGACUUGGUCUUGGGCAUGAGGGAGGCCUGUCUGCCGGCCUUGGAGGCAACGGACAUGGAGGCCUAGGCGCAAGCAUUGGAGGUGCUGCUUCACCUUCCAUCGGAGCCAGCAUCGGAGGAGCAGCCUCGCCAUCGAUCGGAGUUGGCCUCGGCGGCUCUGCAUCCCCUUCGGGCUCAGCAUCCUUGGGAGCUGGUCUCGGAGGUCUCGCAUCUGGAGGCCUGGGUGCAGGACUGGGAGGCGCUGGUGGUCUUCUCGGUGGUCUGGGCUUGGGCGGAAGUGGAAAGGGCCAUGGUGGAAUUGGUCUAGGAGGCAGCGCAAAUGGCCAGGGCGUAAUUGGUGCUGGAAUUGGAGGAGGAGCUGGUGCCAGUGGCUCUGGCGAUGCUUCUGGAAAGGUUGGUGGCGACACCGAGACAGAUGCUGCCGCCGGUGCUGCCAACGGAGCAGCCGCCUACGGUUCUCCCGACAACUCUUCUCCUUCCGACAGCUCGGCACCUAGCGGAGACUCCCCUUCUGGUACAGAGACUGAUGCCGCAUCGGCUUCUUCCAGCGAUGCUGCAUCCGCCCCUACUUACGGUGAGAACGGUUCUGUCGCAGAUGCAAGCGGAUCUGCUGCCGCACCCAUGUAUGGCUCUGAUACCUCUUCUCCUGCUCCUAGCGAGUCUGCAGUUGAUGCUGCCUCUGGCACUCCCACCGAUGCACCUUCUACCCCUGAGGCCACUGCCCCUCCUCUUGCCACUGGCGCAUCCGGCAGCACUUACAAGUCAUACAUCAAGAAGCGUCAGUCCUACGACUCGGGCUCGGGCUCGGGCUCAGGCUCAGGCUCUGCAUCUGCUGGCGGCCUUGGUGCCCUGACCGGUGGAAGUGGACUUGGUGGACUUACCAGUGGACUUGGCGGCCUUUCAGGAGGAAGCGGUCUUAGUGGACUGACCAGCGGACUUGGCGGCCUUUCGGGGGAAGCGGUCUUGGAGGUCUUUCUGGAGGCCUUUCUGGUCUCUCAGGAGGCAGCGGCCUUCUCGGCGGCUCGAGCGGAUUCGGAAACGGUGCUGCAGGACUUGGAGGUCUUGCAGGCCUUGGAGGAUCAGGUGCCGGUUCGGCGGAUGCAUCUGCCAGCGGCAAUGCUUCAGGAAGUGGAUCGGCUGGCCUCUCGUCUUCAGGUAGCGCAUACACCAAGUAGAAAGCAUCAAAUACACAUCGCUGAUUGCGGUAUAGGUUCUGCUGGAAGCUCUGACUCGUCUUCAUCCGGUACUGCUACAAGUGGCUUUGGCUCACUCGGCUCUCUUGGUUCUCUUACCGGUGCUGCUGGCGCUGUGGCCAGCAACGAUGUUACUGGCAACACUGGAUGCAAGAAGGUUACCUUGAUCUUCGCUCGCGGUACCACUGAAAUGGGCACUCUAGGCUCUAUCGUCGGCCCCGGCCUUGCCUCAGCUCUCAUCAAGUAUACCGGCUCCUGCGCUAUCCAAGGCGUCGACUACCCAGCCGACGCCGCCGGCAACGCAAAUAUGGGAGCCUCAGGCGGCCCCAAAAUGGCCGCUCUAGCAACCCAAGCCCUCCAACAAUGCCCCGACACCAAAGUGAUCCUCGGUGGCUACUCGCAAGGCGCUAUGGUAGUCCACAAUGCGCUAAACUCCAUCGACGGCUCCAAGAUUGCUGGUGUAGCUGCUUUUGGCGACCCCAUGAAUGGACAGAGUUUCAAGGGUGUUGAUGACAGCAAGGUUGUGAGGUACUGCGGUUCUUCGGACUUUGUUUGCGAUUUCAGCGGUAAGACUCAGGGGUCUGGGUCGCAUCUUUCGUAUGGGUCUAACCUUGCUGAGGCGGCUUCUCGUUUGAGCCAGAUUUGCGGUGCUAAGGCUUGA